AUGAAUAACGAACAAUUUCGGCGACUUCUCGCCGACAACUUAUCGGAAUCCAAAUCACAAGGUCAAAAAGACACGUCACCGCGAAAUGCAUCGAGGGGCGGUGCCACUCCGAGCGCGAUGUUGGGAUCGCGAAUGCGCUCAAGCAUCCCAAUGACUCCGCGCUCUGUGUCCGGCGUGGACUUUGCCAAACAACUUGCGGAGCAGCGUCGGGAGAAUGAUCCUCAUCCCGCAAAGCGAUUCAAAUCGUCUGCCGCGCCAAAGGGCAGCAAAUUACCUUCCGGGUAUCGGGACCGCGCACAGCUCCGGAAUGCAGAUGGAGAUCAAGAGGAAGAUUUACAAAAGCGGGUCAAGGCACUCGAGGAAAUGGUGAAGCUCGGCCAAAUCGACCAGGCCACUUUUGAUAAGCUGUGCGCCGAGCUUGGAGUUGGUGGAAACACAGAGAGUACCCAUAUGGUCAAAGGACUUGACUGGACGCUAUUAAAACGAGUCCGUGCUGGUGAGGAUAUCACAAAAGCGCCGGAGAAGCCGCAGCCUACUGUGACUGAGGAAGCUCCGUUUGCCGAGGAGGACAUAGAUGAAGCUUUCGAGAGGGUAACGGAGGAGAAAGGCCAGGAAGAGGUCAAAGUCGCACCUAAGGGGAAGAAGGAAAAGAAGGGAACCAUGGCGCCACCUCCACCCCGUCCAAAGACGCGAGACGAAAUAUUGAGGGAGCUUAAGGCUAGUCGAGCCGCUGCUAAAGUGCCGCCGCCAGCCCCGGAGCCAGCACUGGGCUCCAAGUUCAAGAAGGUCGCCGAUCGAAAGCCCGAGAAGAAACGAUUCAUAGAAUCUGAUGAGAACGGUCGACGACGAGAAGUACUCUUGAUAACCGACGCCGACGGUAACACGAAGCGGAAAGUGCGUUGGCUCGAUAAACCGAACAAUCCGCGUGGCACGCCGUCAUUGCCCAUGCCAGACAAAGACGCUCAACCACUCGGAAUGGAGGUCCCUGCCGAAUUCGCCGUCCGGGCAGCUCCAGAGGAGGAAGACGACGAUAUCUUUGCCGGUGUGGGUGCAGACUACGACCCGCUUGCCGGUAUCGAGCAAGAGGAUGACUCCUCGUCUGAUGAAGAGGGCGAGUCCGUAUCUAAACCGUCUGCGCCAGCUGUCAAGGAUUCCAAAGACACCGAAUCAAGUGAUCUGCAACCAUCACGGCCACGCAAUUACUUUGCAACCAGCACUUCCGCUACUGUCGACGAGGAAGGAUCCAAACAUAUUGGCUGCUAUCAAACGAGCCGCUGCUCUCCGGCAAACUUCUCCCUCGGGGAAGGCGACUCGGAGCUCUCCGCGGAAGCAUCUCUUCGUCAGAAGAGGUUCCUCGAGGAAGCUCGUCGUCGGGACGCAAUGGAUGCUGCAGAUAUGGAUAUGGGAUUCGGGGGGAGCCGUAUUGAGGAUGGCGAAGACGAUGACAAUUUGUUGUUGGACUUUGACGGUCAGGAACGCGGGGGUAAUAAACGGAAACGCGGACCCAAGAAGAAGAAGGGUGACAAGAAUAGUGUUAAUGACGUGAUGCGCGUGCUUGAGGGAAGGAAGAAGGAUGGUGAAUGA